CGAGCCCGGGGCGGCGCGGGCGGGGCGGGCCCGCGCUCCGGGCGGCGGCGGCGGCGGCGGCGGCGGCCGGGCCCGCGCCAUGAGCAUCGAGACGCUGCUGGAGGCGGCGCGGUUCCUGGAGUGGCAGGCGCAGCAGCAGCAGACCGCACGUGAGGAGAAUGAGAAGCAUGAGAAGCUCUGCCUGGAGAGGGAGCAGGAGCAGAAGAAGGCAGGCAAGGCCAGCGUGCCCCGGGCCAACAGCGCCCUAUCCCCAGAGGAGCCCCGGAGCGAACUGCUGGUGCCCAUCUCCCCGCCGGGCCCGGUGCCCCUGCCACCCCCACCCCUGGCAGCUCCCAUUUCAGUCAUUCCCAUCCCUGUUGUCACCAGUUCCCCCCAGCAAGCAGCCCAGACCGCCCUGUCGCCACCGCUUGUGCAACGCCACCAGCCCCUGGUGAGCAGUCCCGGGGUGCCCAAGGAGGCGCCGUCGGUGGCACCAGUGAUCCAGCGGCCACCGGGCCCACACCUGCCGGACGGGAAAGCCGCGACCCCGCCGGCGGGCAGCCCCAAGCAGCUGCAGCACUACACGGCACCGGUGCUGGCCAUCUCCCAGCACCAUGUGGUCCCACAGCCCAUCCAGCCCCUGCAGCACCCGGCAGCUGCGCCUGCGCCGCUCGGUGCUCUCAAGCUGGCGCCGGCAGACGACAUGAAACCCAUCGAGCUCAAGAAGAGAAUUGGAGGGGUUGGGACCAGGGAAGUACAUAAUAAAUUGGAGAAGAACAGACGUGCACAUUUGAAAGAGUGCUUUGAGACGUUAAAGCGCAACAUCCCCAACGUAGAUGACAAGAAGACCUCAAACCUCAGUGUCCUCAGGAGUGCCUUGCGAUACAUCCAGACUUUAAAGAGGAAGGAAAAGGAAUACGAGCACGAGAUGGAGCGGCUGGCGAGAGAGAAGAUCGCUACCCAGCAGCGCCUGGCAGAGCUGAAGAACGAGUUGAGCCAGUGGAUGGAUGUCUUGGAGAUUGACAGAAUUAUUCGACAGACAGUUCAGCCAGAGGAUGACCAGGCAUCUACCUCGACAGCAUCAGAGGGUGAAGACAACAUGGAUGAAGAUAUGGAAGAUGACAGGCCAGUGAACUCAUUACCAAAACUCACCCAGCGCCAGCACCCAGAGCUGCUGAAAGCCGUCCCCCCCAGUGCUGCUCCCCCCCUCCCCACGGUCCUGCCCCCACACGUGUCCAUCCAGCAGAAGCCCCAUGCCCAGCCCUCCCUCCAGACACAAGCACUGGUUCCGCCGCAGGCGAUCGUUCCUGCACAGACUCACAUCGUGGCGGCCUCGACCGUGCAAUCGACUGUUAUCGCCCACACGGCCACCACCCACGCCUCGGUCAUCCAGACUGUCAACCACGUCAUUCAGGGUCCACAGACCAAGCACAUUGCUCACAUUGCACCUUCUACAUCCAGCCCCGUGCAACUCACCACUGCUGCUCAGCCCAUCGGCCACAUCACUGUGCACCCAGCCACCAUCAACCACAUGGCCCACCUGGGCCCACAGCUGCCCAUCUACCCCCAGCCCGUGGCCGUCAGCCAGCCCGUUGUGAGCCACAUCGCUCACACCAUCUCGCACCAGCAAGUGAACGGCACCACGAGCCUGGGCCAGCCGGCCGUGAUGGCCAAGCCAGCCGUGGGAACCCAAGUUGUCCAUCACCCGCAGCUGGUCGGGCAGACGGUCCUAAACCCAGUGACUAUGGUGACCAUGCCGUCAUUCCCGGUGAGCACGCUGAAACUGGCCUAGAGGGGACGGUCCAGUGGCGAGGUCUUUGUUGGGAACCUUUCCUAAGGAAACUCCAUACAUUCCAACCACGUGCGGCUCGGCGGGAGGAAGCACGGGAAUGCCGGGAGUGGUGGGGCUGGGCUGUCCCAGCCGCCCGGUGCCUGCCUGCCGCCGGGACGGGGCCGCUCCGCGCUCAGAGCCGCUCAUCUGAGAAACUUCAAAGACAGUUGUUCAUGGUGAUUUUUUUUCCUUUUAUGUGUAAUGAGUGAACUAUGGAUAUGAUGUUCUUAAGACUUUAAUUUUGCCCUCUUAUGUGUUGCUUCUUUGUAGAAUAAAAAUUGCUGAUCUCUUUAUUGAGACAUUGCGUAGAAUGGGAAAAAAAUCAUAGAAGUCUAUAUUUAUAUAUAUGUGUGUAUGUGUGUGUAUAUAUAUAUGUAUAUACAUAUAUAUAUAAAUAUAACAUUUGAAGGCCUUUUGUAAGGUUGAUUAUUUUGCAGGAUUAUGAGACAAAAUUAAUUUUUGGAGGAAGAAGACAGAGUGUCCUCUCUAAAUAAGAAACUAUAGGAUAGAUGGUUUGGUGGACCAGAGUACAGUGACAAAAAAAAACCCAACAACAAACCACGAGUCAAACCAUAUUAAA